AUGCAGGUAUCUGGUUUGAGUAAUUCAAUCCAGUUUGAUCCCUGCUCUGGAAAGUCAUCUACGUGUAUUGAGAAUGCGUCAGGUCUCGGAACGAGAGCGAACAGUAGGGUGAACUGUCGUAGGAAAAUGAUAAUGAAUUACUUCCAUGAGAAGACAGACUACACAAGAUGCGGCACAUGUGACUGCUGUAUCAACGCCGAACGGUUCAAAGGCGAUCAAGAGCGAGAUAUGUACCCCAUGGCAUCGCUAAUAAUCAUGAUUGUUCGGGCCGUGAAGGGAUGUCCCAUGAGUCAAUUGCUGCCGAAGGUGAAGGGGGGCAACAGCAAGGAGAGCUAUCUAUCUCCACUACUAGUCCAACGCGUGCAAGAAGCCAGAAAUACGCUACCGAACAGUUUGUUUACGGAUGCGAGUUUAAAAGAGAUAGUGGCGCAACUCGUACGCCUUGGCUAUCUCAAAGCCGAAACCAAGUCUACUGCGUACAGAAAGUACUUGUCAUACAACAUCACCAAAAAGGGAUCACAUGCGAUAGAGAUGCAGUCUCCUAUCAUGAUGCCUGUGCUAGCUGUGGUUCGUGAGAACGAGCAGGUUAAAGAGGAGCAAAAGAUUCAACGAGUAAAACUACUGGAAGAUGCGGGAAUAGACACCAAUCUGAUUCCGCCCACAGAGUUGCAAGUCGGCGCGGGGCCUUCCGUUACUGCUCAUCUGCAAUGGCUUAAAUACCUUAAAAAGUAA